AAGCAAGAAUAUAUUCUUUAUUAGCUGAAAGCAAUGAAGAAACUGCAGAAUUUGAGUUUGAGUUUGUAUUUAAAAAAUUUGAAGAUCUAGAACUAUAUAAACCAGGUGGUAGAAAAAAGUUAGCUGUUCGUAUAAUAGGCAGGCUUGCUGCAAAAUAUUGUUUAAUUUGGUCUCUAAUGGUUGUUUCAGAUUCAGUUCAACAUAUUCGCUAUUCGUUAUUUGCAGUAUCCAUUAAAUCUUGCCGAUUCAUACUUGGAUUACAGGCUUUAACCAUUGUAAAAAACGCAAAAGCGUUACAAAAUUCUUGGUAUAAAUUUUUAGAAGUAAUAUACAA